GGAAUUUUAUCUCUUCCCCCGAAGCACCAGCCGUAGUGUAUCAGCUAGGCUGACUGGGUUGGCAUACAGUUCCCGCCGUGAGCUUGAUCAUUCUUCUGCUGCUUGCUGUUUUCCCUAAUCCGUCGAUAUGGCGAGGAGGCCGGUGGUGAGGAUGGAGAGCGUGUUGGAGGACCGGGCCAGGAUCGGGGUGCCGGAUGCCAUCCUCCUGGAGGACUACCUCAAUGAGAGUGUCUUCAUCGACAACCUCAAGAAAAGAUACCAGCAGAACAUCAUCUAUACCUACAUCGGGCAGGUGGUGAUCUCAGUCAAUCCCUACACAGACCUGGGCCUCUACACAGAGGACUGCCUCGAGAAGUACAGGAAUGUCAAUUUUUACGAAGUGCCACCCCAUGUAUUCGCCAUCACCGAGAACGCCUAUAGGUCUAUGGUGGCAGAGACCACAGACCACUGCAUCCUCAUCUCAGGUGAAUCAGGUGCUGGAAAAACAGAAGCAAGUAAGCAAGUGCUGCGGUUCUUGGCAGCGACAUCACUUCACAGACGGGAGAUGGACCGUGUGAGAGACCGCCUUCUCCAGAGCAAUCCACUCUUAGAGGCCUUUGGCAAUGCCAAAACCAACAGAAAUGACAAUUCUUCUCGUUUUGGGAAGUAUAUGGACAUUGAAUUCAACUUCAAGGGUGAUCCAGUAGGAGGACAUAUCCUGAACUACCUGCUAGAGAAGUCACGAGUUGUUCAUCAAGAAGAGGGAGAGAGGAAUUUUCACAUUUUCUACCAACUCCUGGCAGGUGCUCCUGAUGAACUCUUAGAGAAGCUCCAUUUGCAGAGGGAUGCAAAUAAUUAUUUCUAUCUUAAACAGGGUGAAAGUUGCACUGUUGAUUCAGUCAAUGAUCGAGCAGACUUUGAAGCUGUUGAUCAUGCCUUAGACAUCCUCAGCUUCACAACCGAUAAACAAGAGGCCAUUUGGGAUGUGGUGGAAAGCUAUCUUACAUUUGGUGCUAAAUUGAUAGGAUGUGAUAAAGAUGUCUUACGGAAGGCUUUAACACAUCGCACCAUAGAAGCACGUGGAGACAUUGUCACUUCGCCCCUAAAUCCAGAGCAGGCUGUGUAUGCAAGAGAUGCUCUUGCCAAGUCGGUUUAUGAGAGAGUGUUUAAUUGGCUGGUGGUGAGGUUGAACCAUUCUCUUGAGAGCCCAGAGUCUGGAAGGAAGACACUUCUGGGGAUUCUUGACAUCUAUGGCUUUGAGAUAUUCGACAAGAAUGGGUUUGAGCAGUUCUGCAUAAACUACUGUAAUGAAAAACUGCAGCAGGUGUUCAUUGAGCUGACACUUAGGAGUGAGCAGGAGGAAUACUAUAGAGAAGGAAUAGAGUGGGAGAAAGUGCAAUAUUUUGACAACAAGAUCAUUUGUGAUCUAGUGGAGGAAAAACACAAAGGUAUCAUCUCCCUCCUGGAUGAAGAGUGCUUGCGACCUGGUGAUGCAACAGACUUAACAUUUCUUAAUAAAAUGAACUCUCACCUGGCUACCCACAACCAUUACUUCAGCUAUGAGACUUCUGAUAACAGUAAAGUAAAGAAAACCAUAAAUAAGGAUGAAUUUAGAUUGCGGCAUUAUGCAGGUGAAGUUGCAUACAGAGUACAGGGCUUCUUGGAUAAGAAUAAUGAUUUGCUCUUCCGUGACCUAAAAGAGGCCAUGACUCACACUUCAAACAUAAUAAUUACCAGUGUGUUUCCCAAGGAUGAGUUUUCACAAAAGAAAAGGCCAGUCACUGCCGCCACGCAAUUCAAGAACAGCUUGGCUGGUUUGAUGACAAUUCUUAUGAGCAAGGAGCCUUCUUACAUUCGUUGUAUUAAGCCUAAUGAUGAUAAAAGAUCCUACUACUUUGAUGAGGAACGUGUCAGCCAUCAGGUUAAAUACCUUGGUCUGAUGGAAAAUUUGAGAGUGAGACGAGCAGGAUUUGCCUACCGGCGUGCUUACGAGAUUUUCUUGGGUCGCUACAAAUCUGUUUGUCCUGCCACUUGGCCAAAGUAUAAUGGGCCAGCAAAGGAUGGCGUGAUGGCUAUUGUUCAACAUCUUGGAUAUCACCCUGAUGACUAUCGUAUGGGAGAAACAAAGCUGUUCAUUCGGCUGCCAAAGACACUGUUCCUCACCGAAGAUGCAUUCCAAAAGCGAAAGCAAGAAUUGGCAACAAUGAUACAAGCCAAGUGGAAGGCUUUUGUGUGCCAGAGAAAAUACAAGAAAAUGAAAGCCGCUGCAACUGUAUUGGCCAAGCACUGGAGACGUGUUUUGGCUCAGAGACUGCGUGUGCGCAGGAAAUGGGCUGUUGGAGUUGUAAGAGCGUUUGUGAAAGGCUUCAUCACUCGCAAUGACCCUGUCAACCCCACCAACGCUCGCUUCCAACAGUUGGUAAAGUGCGAGUUUCUGCUCAGGCUUGCAAAGUCGCUCCCAAAGAGUGUUUUGGACACCAGGUGGCCAGAUUCACCAGCCCCCUGUGCCAAUGCUUCAGCAGUCCUACAUAGCAUGCACCGUACUUACCUCGCUCGAAAGUAUGUGAAAGCUCUGCAACCCGAGAAGAGAGCCAUGUUUGAGGAGAAGGUGUUGGCCGAGCAACUUUUCAAAGGAAAGAAGGCCAGCUACCCUGAUAGUUUGCCAAAAUGGUUCCUAACAUCAAGACUGGAUGAAGCUUAUGAAGCCUUGAGGAAGACUUCCUUUGAGGAUACAAUUAAGACAGCAGGAGAGAAAACAAAGUACUGUACACCGUGUACAAAGUAUGAUCGUCACGGGUACAAGCCUCGGGAACGCAUCAUGAUUCUUACAUCAGGAGCUCUGUACUUGCUAGAGGCUAAGGAGAACAAGUUAAAGCAUAAACAUCGAUUUUCUUUGAAGGAAGUACAAGGCCUCCAUGUGUCCCCCAACACGGACAAUCUUCUUCUAAUACAGAUUCCUGUGGAGAAUGCUAAGAGAGAUAAGAGUGCAGGUGCUUGUGACCCUAACCCCAAGGGGGAUUUAAUCGUCAGUUUGCCCAAUGUAAUAGAAGCUGUCACCAAGAUCAUAACAGUCAGUGACAGCCCUGAAGUUCUGAAAGUUGCUGAAUCUGAGAGCAUUGGUCACACUAUGAAAAAUGGUAAACAGGGCACAAUUAUGCUUGAUACUGGAUCAGCUGUAACUACCAUCAACAAAACUAAAGAAGGCAAAUUGUUAGUUGUGGCAGGACAUUGAGUUGCAAAGAAAAUGUCAUGGACAAAAAGCUGGCACAAGUGUCAUAUUCGCUGAUAUGGAAGAAAACAAUUUCGGGUAUCCUAAUAUAUUGUGCCAAUCCAACUUCAAAGUGGGAUCUUGAAUGCUUGUCAAUGAGUGAUUGUGAAUUAAAUUUUUUGUUAAAGCAUUUAUACUUUGCAAAGUGCCUACAUUUACUUGACAAAUAUGCUAUUUGAACAAUGUAUAUAUUUUUAAUGAUUUUAGCUAAAAUAUUGGUUUCUUUCUAAAGUUGCUAUAGCCCUUGUGGCUUGAAAAUGUUAAUCUACAGUAGUGUUAACUGCUUGUUUAUUUUGAAAGAAUGUCAACACUUUGUCUUCAGCUUGACACACUGUGGUCUGUAAUUUACACAUUAUUUUAAUGUAAAUACAUUACAGGGCCUGGUCUUUCAUUUUGAGAAUGUGUGGGGAAAACUGCUUUUCUGUAUUGUAAAUUGUCUACUUAUUGUAUUUUGUAUAUUUAUUUACUAGUCAUAAAAUAUUUAGUCUCUAUACUGUGAUAUAUAUAGCACAGUUCUUGAUAGUUUGUGUUCAAAUACGUAUGCCACUUAAGUUUGCACAGUGUACUUUUGAAACUUGGCAAUAUACCAAGAUUUCCAUCACAGUGCAGUUAACCACCUUUGGUUCAGCAGGUUGUGUGGAAUUGAUCAUCAACUUUACAUGGAAGUCAUUGUAUGUAACUUACUAUUCUAUUCACUAAAUGAUGUAAUUAGGAUUUUACUAAAUAUUUUCCUAUUAACAUAAGCAUUUAUUUUUUUGUUUAAAAGUCUUGGCAACCUCCAUUUACAGUUCAGAUUUUUAUAAACCCACAGCUUCUUCCUAGUCUACUAUUGUUUAAAUUUUUAAGUUCCUUUGAAAGGGUUAAUUAACCCUUUCAUAUCUUAAUUGGUUUGGCACAAAGCUUAGGCACUGAGAAUGUGAUAAUGCUGAGGGUUCCAUCUGUUUUAAAGUGAAAAAUAUCUUCUGAAAUUUGAGCUGUCAAGACCUAUGCCUUCUUGACCCUGUCUGUCUAGCAGUGAGCUUCUAUUGCUGUCAAGUUUGUCAGGAAAUACUUUAAUUUUUAACUUAGUUACUGACUUCAGACUUGGAAAUUUUUCUUAACUUUAAUUUGCAUCUUUAUGAAAGUAAUUAUACAAAAUCAUUUCUAAGGUCUAUUUUUGUUACAGUAUUUAAAUGUUCCUGUGAAUAUGAAUAUUUACAAGAAUUUUGUUUGUGCAUAUAGCCAAUACAAAGACGCAUACCUAUUGCAUACUUUUUCUUCAGUAAUGUAGGAUGAAGUUUUUAGUGUUUCCUAUUUAAAUAAAACUGACUUUUUUUUUUUUUUUUUUUUUUUUCCCCAUAUGCCAGUACAUGGAUAUAAUUAAAUGGUGUAUUGUAUCGGAUAAUGAAAAGUACAAUUCUGUUUUCAAUGUCAUUCCAUAUAAUAAUGCAGCGAUCAAAUAUUUUUUUUUUUUUUUACUUUCAAAAUAAAAAGUUAAUGCAUUUCACAUGAAAGCAUAAUACAGUGUUUGUAAUAAAUUUAGUGUCUUAGACUAUUGCUUUGGUGCUAAGUUAUUACUUGCUAAUACACCCAACUCUUGAUAUUUGCUGGAAAUCUGGCUACCAUUGAUAUAGUCUGUACUUCCUCUCGCUUUUAACAUCACUAUACACUUUCUCUGUAUUUCUCUUAAAAUAUUAAUGUAACUGACUGUAUUACAAAGCAUGUUUACACAGAAUAUCUAGUAUGUUUACACUGGAUGGGGCACAAGAUUGAGCGAGAAUGGUUGGGGAGUAUUCAUGGAGUCAGUGGUGUAGGUACCUACUUUCCUAAAUAAAUCACCUGUGUCCCUAUUGACAAAAUUUUUAUUUUUAUACUUUACUGUAUUAAACUUCAUUCUUAAGCUGUUUAUAAACUUAGGAUAAAACUCAUGGGAAGCUAUUUCUAAGUCUUGGGAAAAUGGCAGGCUGACGUAAUGUGUGGGGGGUCACCAUUUUGGUUUAAUUUUUGCAAUGCUUAAACAUCUAAUAGUAUUAUAAACCUUCACAAAGAUAGCAAUUUUGUCUUAAUUUAUAAAGAUCAGAAAAUAAAGGUAACGGCAGACUGCACGAAGACUAAGUUGGACGUACAGUAUUGUAGUGCACAUUUAUUCUAUAAAUGUGCACUACAGAGUUGAGUUUUAUUAUAGAAGUUAAGGAAAUUGUUUAGGAAUGACUGAGGAUCACCUUUGUAAAGGAGAAUGUUGACAGGUUUAUGGUGUACUUUUGGCAUUUGCAGUCAACUUCAGGCUCUGGACUAGAGGAUUUCUUUAGUUUUAAUAUUGCAGCUUGAUUAUAUUCUUUUGAUCUGGAAUACAUUAAUAACAAUUGUUAAAAAAUCAUUAACUUAUGAAUAGUGCAGUACAAUCUGAAAACACUAAUGUACAUUAAGCUAAAAUGUUAGUCACCUUAGUUGUCACUUAUUUUUUUUUUAUAAUAUAAAAUGUGUAUACAGUGCAUGACAAAUACACACAAUUCUUAAGAAAUUUUCCACAAUGGUAAAAAAAAAAAAAAAAAAAAAAAAAUUCAAGAUUCUUACAUAAUGUAUCAUUAUGAAAGGACAUGGAAUUUUUAUUUUCUUGAGUUAUAUAUGUGUAGGUAAGUAUGUACGUAUAUACAUGUAUCAUAUCUUUUUUUCAACAAAUCGGAGAUAAAUAUGAAUUACUAUUGCUUUUCAUUGCUAUAUAUAUACCUAAUUAUGAAGUGGUUUAAAUUCAACAUUACUUUUACAUGUAGAAUUAAACAUUGUUUUUAAUACAUUGUGCCUUACCACUGUGUAUUUAAUACAACAAUAUACUUGAGUUUGCUUGCAGUAGUAUAAGUGAUAAACACAGUGUAAGUGUUCUGUAUGUGCCUUAUGUGCCAAGAAUGUACAAGAUAUGAACUAAAGCCAUUA